UAAUUUAAUACCAGUUUUCGUUACGAAUAAAAGUUGUUAAUUAAUAUUUUAAUGAAAAAUCAACGCUGUAUGCCAAUUUUCCUGAUUGGGAUGCGUUCCGAAAGCGCUAACACAAAGAAAAGUCACUAGUGACAGAAGGAAAAAAACAAUUGCUGCUGGAAAACAUGAAACUAGACCGUGAAAAGUGAAAUUAAACCAACGAAAGUGCAAAUAAAUCAGAUUGAAAAAUCCCGCUUGUUAUCGUUAAUAAGAAAAAGUCACAGAAAGAAAGAAGUUAAUAUAAAACAUUUAUUCAUUGAAAAGGGGGUGCAGCUGCAACAACAACAGCAGCAGCAGCUGAGUGGAAACAAAAGUAAAACGUCCAUAUGUACGAACGGUAGCCGCAAACAAAGAGCGAGAGCAAACGAGCUUAGGGAAGUGCAAAAAUAAGAGCGUUGGGGUACAUGUGAGAGUGCAAAUGAAACCGCUAAUUGCACAAGCACAAGAAACUAAAAAAAUAAAAAUAAUAACAACCAGCUCAAAGACACCCUACAUGUUACAAAAACAACAACUACAAAAUAAUCAUCAAGGAGCUAAUUACAUUGGGUUGUUUGGCUAGUUGGUUGGUUGUUUUGCUUUUUACCUUUUGAAUCACUUGCAAAUUAAAGAGAGCCUAGAGACAACUGAAUUAUAUGAGUAAAGAGCGUAUAUUAAAUAAAAAUACAAUAAAAAAGGGUCAGUUAAUUGUAGCAGAGCAUAUUGUGCUGACAGAUUUUCUGGCAGAGCUCGAAGCAGCGUACAACAGCAAAUUUUCAUUGAAUAGGAAGCUAGCAGCUACGGCGGCAGUGAAUGCCUGCUGUGAGGUAUACAACGAUAAAGACGACGACGGCAUUGAGUAUGCCAACAGAAGAGUUCGUUCCAACAAGACGGGAGCAAACUAGCUGAAGAAAUUCAAUAAGAUUUUUAUCAAGAAAAAUACAAUGGCUUAAUUAACAAAAUUAAUAAUUUAUUAAAAAACAUGUGUUAAAGUUAUUAAUUACAUAUAUAUCGGCUGACGUGAAAUUAAAUAAAGUAAAAUAUAGAAAAAAACACUGUAACAAAAGUGAGCUGUGCGAACGUGCUAUGGAUGAUGAUGAAUGGUCUUGGAAAUGUGCGGGGAAGAGAGGUGUUGGCAAAGUAAGAAAGCAGCGCUGGCGCAAGCAAAUUAAAUGCGAGUAAGUGAGUGUGAAUAUGUAAUUCAUGCAAACGAGUACAAAGUGUAAGAGCAGUUGAGAAAAAAUACAAUUGUAAUGUAAAAAUAUUAAAAAUAUUAAAAAAAAAAACGAUUUAUAAAUAUUAAAAGUGCAAAAAUUUCACUAUUCAUAGAAAAACAGCAAACAUGUGAAACAUAUUAACACUCGAACAUACACAAGUACUGAAAAAGCAAUACAUGUUUAACAAAUAGCUAAAGAAGAAGCAGAGCUAAAGUGUAGAUAAGUAAUGCAAGAAAAAACAGCAGUGCUAAGAAGCAAAUCAUUACGUUCAAGAAAACAGUGUCUGCGUAGAAACGUAUAGAGAUUUGUGAUGGAGCUGUGCUUAAGCUACAUAAAUAAAUUAAUUGAGCGUGAAAAAGCAAAAUAUAGCAGAAAUAAGUGUUUUUAAAAAGAAAAUCUUUGAGAUAAAGAAGUUAAAAUGCCCGACAUUGGAAUGAAGUAAGAUGGCAAACGUCAUCGGCUAAAAAGAAAUGACGACGUGUGUGAGGGGGAGUUGGGCGUAAACAGCUGUGAAUACGAUAACUUUUUUCCGUUGACCGGACAUUAAACAUUUUGUUGUUAAUAAAGGUGUUAAACGAAAAUUAUAUUUUUCACAUUGACCGUACCAAUCAGCAGAUACUUUUGUGUGUGUGCUUUGCCACAAAUCUAGGGUGACUAAUUAUACAUAUGCAAAUAUACAUGGUAUUAAAAUUGUAUUUUUGCUGGAAAAUACAUUUUUCCUUAAAAUUAUAUUAACAUAAAUUUUAAACUUUUGCACGCUUGAUUGAUGUUGGAACAAAUACAUACAAACACACAUAUGUAAAUUGUAUUGACUAAGUAGUAAACAACCAUAGUUUUAUGCAUAUACGUGUACAUAUGCAUAAGUGUUUAUGUAUUUCCCAAAUAUCAUCCACACAUAGACAUCAUUAAAUACUAGAUAACAUGACUACCGCCGAUUGCAUGGAGUCACUGCUUAGCUCGAUGUCCAGCACAUUUGAUGCUGAAUGCGCUACGAGCACAGCUGAAGGUGGUUCGCUGCUCAAUCACGAUUUGGCCGAAGACAAAACGCUGAAAUGGCGCACUAUGGUGAAUAAUCGAUUCGCAUGCAAAGAUAAGGACAGAAAAGUACAAGCACAUAAGCAACAACAGCAGGGCUCAGCAACGCCGGCAGCCAGCAGCAACCAAGCUCAACAGGAGGGCAAACAAAGCCCACACGGCAACACGAGCAGCAAUAACAAUUCCAACAACACGCAAAUAAAACUGGAGCAUUCUGUUAAGGUUGGUGACAACAAGUUGGUGGAGCUAAGCAAAGUUGAAAAUAGAGAAGUUUCAAGUGCCCAAGAUCAGGAAGAUCGCGCAUCCACAACCGAUUUCAUGGAGGAGCAGAUGAAAGCAUUGCUGGCCGACGACGAAGACGUGCAACCGCAGCAAGAUGUCAACACAAGUGGCAGUGGUAGAGCCAUUGAGGCAACAGUUAGUGCAUCUGCUGUUGGUAAAGAAGAAACCGUCGCAGUCGAUGAUAAAAUGUCAUUGCAUGAAAGUGAAAACUUCGUCGGUGCAGGCAACAACGAUAAAGCGGCGAGCAGGAAGCGCCGCAGUAAUACCAGUACCAGCAACAGCACUUGCAGCAACUACAAUAGCAGCAGCAGCAAUGCCAGCAUUGGCACACUCAAUCAAGGUCAGUCCGAACAUAAUUUUUAUGACAGCGUCGCGGAGACAAAACGUGCGUGCCAUGAGGCCGCGGCGCUCACAAGUGCCGGGCAAGUGGAUAACGGUGCAGCGACGUCACACUCUGGUCACCUGGUUGUCAGCGACAUACCGGAAACUUCAUUAGUUGCUGCUACAAUCACAGCAGAUGCUGCAGAUUUGGUUCUGGUUGACUUGGAUACAAUCAAACAAGAUAUCGACGACAUUGACGACGAGCUGGUGAUGUCUGCAUCACAUGAUGGCUUACGUGAAAUGCCGCUUGUUGAAACCAUAACCACUACAGCAAUUACACCAACCUCCAAUUUAACGGUAACUACGACUGCUCAGCUGCCGAAAGAGGAACUCCAGACUACUAGCAGCACACACAGCAACACCACAACGCAGGCAGUGGAGGCUCUGAACGAAGUUGCAAAGACGAGCGAUAGCGCUCUGGGCGACGAUGCUACUGAUAAAAAUAGCUCCAAUGACCGUGCAGCAAGUGUCAGCCCACUACGUCGCUUGCGUCGCGCACGUCGACUUUCUGAGGUAGGUACUUCUACCUACGCGCUAUCAGAUACAGAAGAAACAACUGCGACUGCAAUAACGAAGGUGGACACCCCAGAAACUAGCUCUAACGCUGACGAGGCGGCGGGACAGCCACCCACCCAGGCGGAUCAAGUCCAGAACCCUAUCGUUCCUAAUGCAACAACCGGCGCUGCCUUCCCGGCUACGACCACAAUAGCGGCGGGAGCACUUGAAGCUGCAGCAGCAACGGCAGCCGCAGCAGCACAAACACAAGUACAACUGCAGCCGUUGAAGCGUGGACGCGGACGCGGAAGAAAAAUAACUGUGACUAUGGAGGGAUUCGAACUAAGCGUUGACGCUGCGCUAAGUAAGGAGGAAGACAAACAGCUUUUGGGAGGCUCUCAAGCAACCUUGGCAACGGUAAGCGCCUCACUGUCGCAGGAACGCAAGACAGUGGGACGCAAGCGUAAACAAAUUGAAGAUGGCAGCAGUAAUAGUGUGGAGAGUGUGCCACAUGCGGCAGUCGCAGCUAUCAAAGUAGAGCAGGAUAUCAGUGAGGUCAAUGUGGACGCAAGAGAGGGGAUGACGCUUGGCUCUUCCAGCGCUGUGGCAGGAAAUAGUGGUGGAGUCGGAAGCGAUGGCGCUAAGCGCAUGCGUCGCAGCACGCGUUUGGGUAAUCGUACGGAAGGUAGUGCGGUGCAUGGCGGCAACGGCAAGCAACUGGAAGGGCCACCACUUGAAGAAAUAAAAAUCGAGCCUAUAUCCACUGUUUCGAACCCCCAACCGACACUGACCCCCGAUCCGCUCAGUCUUACGGAGAUGACCUGCGGCGUUGGCAAAUCGUCCAUCCCGGCGAUGGAGGAGCGCACACCACCUAAGAAACGCGGACGUAAGUCCAAAUUACACCACUUGCAACAACAACAGUUGCAGCUGCAGAAGCAGCAACAGCAGCAGCAAAAGCAGCACCAACAACAACAACUUGAGAAAUCACAUUCUCAUGGUAGUGGCGCGAACAGCGAGAACAGCGAUCAAACGCCGCCCGGUUCGGCAACAAAACGCGGCGCCCACGCUGCCGACGUAGUUAUACCGAAGCGCUCGCAGCGGCGCAUUAAGCCAACCACGAAAAUAUUGGAAAACAGUCAGCUACGUUAUGACUUCGAAACCAAUAAUAUGGUGCGCUUGACGCAGUCGCAAAACUGGGAAGAUAGUGGUGGCAGCGGCGCGCACGUUGCGGAGACUUGCGUUACGAGCGCGCCAGAGUUGGAGAAAAGCAGCAGCAAGCAGGUUAAGUCCGAAAAGUCCGAACGCGCCGAUGCGUCGGAAGGAAAGGGCACCACACACGGCACAAAUACCGUGAAGAAGAAACUUUCAGGCAAACUGCUACGUGACAUAGAAGCUUCACGUGCUGCGCUGACAGCCAAAGCGAAAGCGCAACUUGCGCGUCCACGUUGCCCGGAUAUUGAGAAAUUUCUGAGCGAAAUCAAAUCAGCCAAAUGGCAUAUGAAUCGAGCGCCUGACGAUCGCAAGUUUACUAAGAAACAGUUGCGCAAACUAGCAAAACAGAAGGAGAAUAAUCUGCGUAAGCUUGGCCUGCGACGCAACACUAGCGAAGAGGCCAGCGACAUAGAAAGCCUCAGCGACAAUGAAGAGUUUGUGCCGACCACGCGCGUGCAAGUAGAGCGACGCAGUCACACCCUGCGACAACGCGCCGCCACCACCGUAACUAAAGAGCGCACACCAACACCCACAACGCAAGGGCAACCGACUUCUGCGGUGUUUGGUACAGGGCGCGCUGCCACCGCUUCGCCAACCAGCACGAAGAUGGGACGUAAACCGCAAGCAAGACAGCGUAGCGCCACCGAUAAGCCGGUGCCGGCGACAAAUAAGCAGGCAUCAAGCGCGCAAGCCAGUAAGCAGAAGUUGCUGCAAGCACCCACAGUCGAGAUCAUUGAAAUUGAAUCAUCACAAGAUUUGCAGUCACCCAGCAGCCGUUCGGCUGGCUUGGCUGCCACCACCAGUGCUUUGAACGCGCUGGGCACUGUGGUGACUAUACCAACGCCAUCACCGCCUGCAAGGAACGUCGGGGCGCGUAACUUGAUUUGCUAUUGUGAGAAGCGAACACAGUUCUAUACGCGCAACACACCAGAUACGUCGUACUGUUGGGCAAUUGACAACAUCGAAGAGCAGAAGGUGGGUUGCAGCAAUCAGCUGAGCGGUGAGGUGUUCAAUUUGCUGCGCCCCAGUCAGCGCGUCAGCUAUAUGGUGCUGUGCGAGGAUCACAAGAAGCGGCUGCGGACGCACAACUGCUGCGCCGGUUGCGGCAUAUUUUGCACGCAGGGAAAAUUUGUGCUCUGUAAGCGUCAACAUUUUUUCCAUGCCGAAUGCGCUGAAAAAUUCCUGCUUAGCAGCCCCGUCGAUCCCCACCAGUCGACCAGCAGCUACACUAGUCCCACAUUGGUGUUGAAGUGUCCACACUGCGGCAUCGACACUCCCGAACGUACCUCCAUCGUAACGAUGAAAUGCCAAACAUUGCCUGUAUUCUUGCCUAGUCAACGAGCGCCUAAAAUCAAACCGGCAAAGAUGUCACUGCCAGUUUUGAGUGGCGCGCCACAACCAAAUGGCCAUUCCAGCUCCUCUAUUCCUCCAAGUACUCACACUGCGGCCGGCAACAGCGUAACAGGCGGCGGCGCCUCAACCGCCUCUACGUCUCCCGCCGCUGCCAUUAGCAGUUCAGUCCCUCAACGAACACCGAAGUUACAACAAAUUAAUUUUGAACAAUUAAUACCCGAAUCUGUAAUGAAUGUCGUGCUGCGCGGUCGUGCGCCGAGCAAUAGAGAUGGGCGAAGAGGCGCCAGUAGCACACGCAGCUCGAUAUCGGAAUUUUCCACGCGCGACAUGUAUUAUGCUGUGAAGAAUGAUGAUCUCGAGCGCGUGGCUGAGAUUCUCGCUUCUGAUUUUGAUGUAAAAACGCGCAUGCGUGAGUUCCUCAACGGCACUUGCUUGCAUUUGGUCGCGCUCUCUGGUACUUUGCCGAUGGCUUUCUUGCUGCUUUGUAAGGGUUAUGGAAAGGAGUUCAUAAAUAUGCUGGAUCGUGAGUUGCGCACGGCCUCAAUGUGCGCCGUAUUGGGUGAUAAAUGUGAUAUACUGAACUUGUUCAUACAAUGCGGCGCUGAUAUGGCAAUAAAGGGUCCCGAUGGCAAAACUUGUCUGCAUAUCGCCGCCAAAUUGGGCAACUUGGAAGCGACACAAUUAAUUAUCGAUAAUUAUCGAUCGUGCCGUAGUAUAUUAAAUUUUAUGGACUUCAUAAAUACACAAGAUGAUGGCGGCUGGACGGCAAUGGUUUGGGCAGCUGAAUUGGGUCAUACGGAGAUAGUAAGUCUCUUGCUCAACCAUGGCGCAGAUCCAAAUAUAUGCGACAAUGAUAACAACACCGUGUUGCAUUGGUCUACACUACACAGCAAUGGCCUGGAGAUCAUCACAAUGCUGCUACAGGCAGGCACAGAUUGCAAUGUGCAGAAUGUGGAAGGUGAUACGCCGCUACACAUAGCCUGUCGUCAUUCUAUCACUCGCCUCUGCAUUGCACUUAUCGCUAAUGGUGCUGAUUUGAUGGUUAAGAAUAAGGCCGACGAAUUGCCCUACGACUGCAUACCUCGCGAGGACUCGGAGUGUGCACGCACUGUUGGUUUUAAUAUGCAAAUGCGUUCAUUUCGUCCUUUGGGUUUGCGUAGUCGCAUUAUUUGUGAUGACAUAGCGAAUGGCCGCGAGGCACGUCCCAUACAGGUGGUGCGCAAUGAGCAGAAAUUGUUGUGCGUUAACGGUGUAGGUGUUGAGAAAAAUGGUAGAGGUGACCUGUUGGCGGCCAGCGGAUCAGAAGGCUCUGCAGCGGCAGCCACAGCAGCGGUGAACCAUGAUGAGUCCGAUGAGAUUAUGUUGCCAGAUUUAAAAUAUAUUAAAAAGUCUAUAAUAUUACAAAAUUGUACGCCAAUCGAUUAUCGGGUGGCGCAAAUGCGCAUAUGCUCUUGUAUGGAUGGUUGCAUUUCAUCGCAGUGCCAAUGCACAGAGGCUUCUGGUCAAAAUUGGUAUACUGCUGAGGGUCGUUUAUGUGCUGAUUUCAAUUUCGAAGAUCCAGUGCCUAUAUUUGAGUGUAAUGACGUCUGCGGCUGUAAUAAAGUCUCUUGCCGAAAUCGUGUCGUACAAAAUGGCAUACGCAUACCACUACAAGUGUUCGAAUGCAACGAUACUACAAAAGGUUGGGGCGUACGCACGCUCGUGCAUGUACCGAAAGGAGCUUUCGUCUCUGAGUAUAUCGGCGAAAUACUCAGUAAUACCGAAGCUGACAGGCGCACCGAUGACAGUUAUUGUUUUGACUUGGAGAAUGGUCAUUGCAUCGAUGCAAACUACUUCGGCAAUGUAAGCCGUUUCUACAAUCACUCGUGCGAACCGAAUAUUGUGUCGGUGCGCGUUUUCUUCGAGCAUCAGGAUUAUCGUUUUCCUAAGAUAGCAUUUUUCGCAUGUCGCGACAUUGAGGCGGGCGAAGAGUUGUGCUUCGAUUACGGCGACACAUUUUGGCUCUUCAAGAAUCGCCAUCUUUCUUGCAAGUGUCUGACAACUAGCUGCCGUUAUGCGUCAGCUAAGCCGGAUGGUGCUGAGGGCGUUGCGACGCCUGGUAGUGUGGUGCUAUUGCCUACAACGGUUUCGCUCAGCAGCGCUCUGCAGCAGGGCGCCGAGGUGGGAGCGGCGACAAACAGUAGUAAUUUAAGAAAUGGUCAUGCUGCCUAGAUGUUUUAGCAUAGAUUUAAGACGUUUUUGUUUAUUAUUUAAAUGUAAUUUUUAUUUAUUUUAUUUUU